AGUUAAGGACAUGAUGGAGACAGUGACUGUGGACCUGGGUGCACUCCUGGAUGCCGGGGACGACGCCACGGUGAUACUCGAGGCAGGUGACACUCGGCUGGUGGUGCACAGGGCCGUCCUGGCGGACAGGAGCCCAGUGUUGGCAGCCAUGUUCGCCCACGACACCCUCGAGGCCUGCACUGCCGUGGUGAGGAUUGCCGACAUUAGGGGCCCGGUGCUGAGGCAGCUGGUCUCCUACCUGUACACCCUGCGGGCCCCCCAGCUGCCCGGCACGGCCCCCCAGCUGCUGGCCGCAGCGGAUAAGUACGGGGUGUCGGGGCUGAAGGCGGAGUGCGAGCGGCAGGUGGCCGCUCAGCUGACUGUUGAGACCGCAGCAGCAACAGCCGUCCUCGCAGUCCGCCACUCCUGCAGUGACCUCAGGCGAGCCGCCAUCGAAUUUAUUAAGGCACGUACCCACGAGGUGAUGGCCACUCAGGGGUGGGCAGAUGCGAUGCUUCAUCAACCUAAGGACUUGAUCGAAGUGAGCAGAUUGCUGUAUGAUCCACCACCAAAAAGCAGCGCACCAGCCGUUACAGAGCUGAGAACCACCACUACCACCACCAGCACCACCACCACCUCCGCCACUGCCGCUGCCGCCACCUCUGCCAGCGCACCUCGCCAGACACCUGCUGCUGCGCGGCCCACGACUCCUCAACCUGAUGAGGCCACUGUCUCUCGAAUGCGCGCACCAGCCGUUACAGAGCUGAGAACCACCACUACCACCACCAGCACCACCACCACCUCCGCCACUGCCGCUGCCGCCACCUCUGCCAGCGCACCUCGCCAGACACCUGCUGCUGCGCGGCCCACGACUCCUCAACCUGAUGAGGCCACUGUCUCUCGAAUGCGCGCACCAGCCGUUACAGAGCUGAGAACCACCACUACCACCACCAGCACCACCACCACCUCCGCCACUGCCGCUGCCGCCACCUCUGCCAGCGCACCUCGCCAGACACCUGCUGCUGCGCGGCCCACGACUCCUCAACCUGAUGAGGCCACUGUCUCUCGAAUGCGGAGGCUCUCUGCAAAGUCGAGAAACAUGAGGCUGGUCCAUGCGGCUGGGAAGAGGGCAGUGGGGCAGCUGAGGGCGCUGCUCGCCGCUGGGGCAGACGUGGGGGCGAGGGCCGGGCUGGAGGGGCGGACCGCCCUGCACUGGGCAGUGCACAGGGGAGACGUCGAGGCGGCGAGGCUGCUGCUGGAGGCAGGGGCGGCGGUGGACGCCAGGGAGAUCAAGGGCAAGCAGAGGACGCCUCUGCACCUGGCUGCGGAGGAGGGAGGCGCCGCUGUCGCGCAGCUGCUGCUGCGGGCGACUGCUGACCCCAACGCCAGAGAUUGCAGAGGGUGGAGGCCUCUGCAUCUUGCGGCAGCCUAUGGCCAGGCAGAAGUGGCAGCUGCGUUGCUCGACGCGGGGGCCGACAGGGGGGCCACAACUGGUGAUGAUGGGGAGACAGCGCUGGACAUCGCCAGGGAGUCGGGCUACAGGCGGGUGGUGGAGAUGCUGUCAUGAGGCAGCCAGUACAACGAACUCUGUGCGAAAAAAGAGUACUGACACAAUUUAUAGAAGAGCAGUAUUCAUAAUUUUUAAA